AUGGCACCAGCAGCACCGCCCCCGCCCAAUUUCUCUCCCUUCACACCUCCACCAAGUAAGUCCGAUUCAAACGCCCUCUUCAAAUCCCUCAUUAUCGUCUUUCUCCUUCUCGCCAUUCCGCUCUUUCCUUCCCAAGCCCCCGCCUUCAUCCCUCCUCCCGUCUUCGCCGGUUUCUGGGAGAUCAUCCACCUCCUCUUCAUCGGAAUCACCGUCUCCUACGGCCUCUUCGCCAGACGAGCUUCUCAAUUCGUCCCUGAUAAAUCUGCGGAUGCCAGAACCGACGCCUAUUUAUCCGGGAUUUCUCACAUUACUUCAAUUUUCGACCAUGGGUAUGAAAAUGAUAUGUUGCCUGAUAAUUAUGCUAAUUGUGGUGAUUAUCAGCUAUUAGGAAGUGAUGAAUGUGUAGUAGUUCCUAGUGGUGCAAAGAUUAGAUCUUUAGUGCGGGAUGGUGAGGAUGAGGGGGGUGGGGAUCAAGCCUGGCACUCGCGUUAUACGAAAGGUGAAUCUUUGGUAGUUGUCUCUAAUGCUAAGUGUUUUGUUGGUGGAAGCUCUGAUUUUAAGCCAUUGAAUUUGCCUAUUAGGAGUUUGAGGUCAAGAGCUAUGGAUAGUACUGAUAGAGAUAGUGAUAAGCAAGAAUUCAAGAAAGGAAAUGAGUUUAGUUGUAACAAAUAUGAGGCUAAGGGAAAUGAUGAUAGUUUGAGGAGGUUGCUGGGCGAUCAACGAGCCCAAUCCCUUGGUGCUCGCGAUCGGGGAGGGUGGAAGAUGAGGAUGAUGUUUCCAAGCUACCUGUUCAUAGUAGGCCUCACUCUGUUGGGGAAUUUGAGUUUGAGCAUCUCAAGUCUAGGAGGCCACUUCGUGGUUGGAAGUUUUCGAGUACUCUUGAGAAGCUCGAAAGUAGAAAAUUUGGAGAGGGAAAGGGUGUUUGCUGCCUCACAUUCGAAAGCAGACUCCAUAGAUUCUGACCCCUUUAGCAAUAGUGCUUCUUCAGACAUGGACAGUGUUGGGGAUUUGGAAAACAGCCUUGAAAGCUCUAGUGUUGAAGAGGAAGUGAGGAAAGGUAAACAAGCUAUUGAAUCUUUGGAAAGUGAUGUGAAGUCAUCACCCCUUUCUAAGGUUCCAGCGAGAGCUAAGUCGGUUAGGACAAUCAAACCAAAGAGAUACGACGUAAAUCAGAAGGAGCAUUGCCCUAAUCGAGGUGAAGGCAGGGUUGGGAGGAGGUUUAUCAAAUCCGAAGCAGUGAAUUCUUUGAUUAAAGGAAGAGAAGAACUGGAAAUUCCCCCUGACCAUCAAAACCAAGAAUAUGGUCGCAUAUUCUCUAUGCCGAAGCCAAAACCAACUCUUCCUGAGGUCCAGAGUGAAGAGAAACAUGAUGUUGAUGAACUUAGUUCUACUAAGUCUGUAGAUGGAGAGAUAGGGUUUGACAAGACUUCGGCCAAGGAUGAAACUAGACCUAGCAUUGACACUGAUGGCGAACUUGGGAGUGAAGUUGAUAGAAAGGCUGAUGAGUUUAUAGCCAAGUUCAGAGAGCAAAUAAGGCGCCAGAAGGCUUCGACUUCAUCUGUGGAAGGUCACAGUGGCUGGUAGCAAGUAGUCUAGGUAAUUCGAAGGCUUGUGCUGCUGUGCUUGCAGCUGUAAGUUUGUGUGAUUAGUAGCUGGAAGCUAAGAUUGUAUCAGCCAGCAUCGUAUUUUUUAAUUCGUUUGCUCUGUAAAUUAUGUAUCCGACUGAAUUUUUAUCGUAUAUGAUCAAUCAUAGCACCAUACCACGGGGAUAUUAAGUUCAAGUUAUAGGUAUCAUGAA